AUGGUAAAUACAGGGAAUUCCAAAGAAAUGAUACUAGAUGAAGUUUGUAAUAAGAAAGAAUUAAAUCAAACUACUAAUAAGGGUAUAACAAAAAAUGGAGAAAAUUUAAGCAAGAGAUUACAAAAUAUAGGACGAGGACCUAUUCCAUUAAUAAAUGAAAUGGAAAGGUGCUAUUGUGAGAAGUCAUGUAAUCAAGAUUGCCUCAAUCGUAUAAGACAUAUUGAAUGUAAUCGUUAUAAUUGUGGACUUUCUGGACGAUUAUAUGAUGUAUAUUGUAAUAAUAGACCAUUUUUCCGAUAUAAUAGUAAAAAAAAAAAAAAAUUUAUUGUUUCGAAAUUUAGAAGAACUAAAUCUACUAUAAACUUGUCAAAAAGAAGUAAUCUUAAUUAUUUAAAUGUGGAUUUUUCAACAACAUUAACAAAACUUUCUUUAACAGAAUCAGCUUCUGCAGGUGAACUUAUUAUUGAAUGCCUUGGUGAAAUUAUUAAUAAUUUAGAUGUAAGAGAACGAUAUUUAUCAUAUUUUCAAUUAAAGGAUAAUCAAAAAGGUAAUAUAAAGAAUGAAAAUACCUUAUAUACAAUUGCAACUCCAGAGAGAUUAUUUGGGAUAGUUGAAAAUUUUUUAUAUUUAGAUAUGACUCAAAAUGGUAAUGAAGCUCGACAUAUCCGACAUUCUUGUAAUCCAAAUUGUCAAGCUCAAGUAUGGAUUGUAAGACCAACUGGCAGAUCAAUUAGAAGUAGUAAAGAUGAUGAUUUUGCUUAUUCCUGGUUACAUAUUGGAAUAUUUGCACUAAGUAAUAUCCCAAAAGAUACAGAAAUUACAAUUGAUUAUGAAAAUAUAUUAAUAAGGGCAAUUCCAAGUACAUAUUUAAAUAGUUCUAUUAAUAAUACAGGUUAUAUAAACCAAUUUAUAUGUAAUUGUGGUUUCUCAGAAUGUAGAGGAAUUAUUGGGAAAAAGAUUAUUCCAAAUGAUGAUCCUAUGAAUCCAUAUCUUUUACCAAUUAAACCUCAAAAAAAAAAGAGAAUAAAUAGUCAUAAUGAAAGUGAUCAAGAUGAUAUUAUUAAUGAAAUAAACUCCUAUGGAAACAAAAAAUCAAAAACAGAUCAUAAUUCUUUAUCUUCAUUUAUAAAUCUUAAAAAGUCUCUUAUGGAAAAUCAAAGAAAAUAUAAAUAUGAAGAAUAUAAUUCACAUAAUAAUAACAAUUCAAAAAGUUGCCAAUUAAAAUUUUCUACUAAUACAUACGAAAUAUUUGAAGAAGAUAAGUCUUUAAUUAUUAAUAAAUCUAAAAUUGAAAAUGAAUAUGUAAAUAAUGAUAUAUCUAAGAAUAUUUAUCCAUUGUGGCAUAUAUUUUCAUCUAUAUGUAUAUCAGGGCCUUACUAUAGAAAUUUUAAUUGUUGUGAUAAUUCUUUAUUACAUAGUCAAUGGUGGAGUAAAUUAAUAGAUUUUUCUAAAAAUACAAAUUCUUCUAAUAGAGAAUAUAAUAAUCAUAAUCAGAUAAGAAAACCAAUUGAAAGAUUAAGACGAAGUGGUGCUGCUACUAGAUACUAUGAUAUUGCAUAUAAUUUAUCAAUUAUACCAGAAUCAUCUAAGAUAAAAAAAUCCAAAUUACCAAUAUUUAUGCCUUUUGUUUCACCAAAUAGAAAUUUAUUUUUUCAUGUAAUGACACAUCCAUGGUUAUUAUUUCUAUGUAAUUUAACAACAUUAGAAUGUAAACUUAUACAAAAAUAUAAAAUUUUUCAUAUAAAAUCUGUAGAUUUUGGUAGAUGGUAUUUAGUACAAAGAUUAACCAAAUUUUUCCAUUUAUUUAAUGUUACUGAUGAGGAUUUAAUAUGGCCAUUAAUUGACCAGGGUAUUGGGAAUGAUGAAAAAUGUUUUGUAUGCUGUAAUCAUGGUAUUCUUAUGUCAUGUGAUAAAUGUUAUAAAGGUAUCCAUAAAUUAUGUUCAAAACGUUGUAAUCAAUUUAUUCAAUCAUCGGAAUUUCAAAUUCCAGAAUGGUUAAAUAAUUUUCAAGAUGAAAAUUUUUUUAAUAAUCUGAUAUAUAAAAAUAUUCAAGAUAAUAAGAAAUUAACUGAUACAAAUAAUCUUCAUCAAAAUAAAAAUUUUAUUGUGUAUAAACCAUUAUGUAAAAGUAAUAUUUCAUCUUCUAUAAAUUCAAAUCCUGAAUAUAAUAUUAAUUCAACUUCAUUAAAAAAAGUUAAUUUUAAACCUAGUAAUAAUUUAGAUAAUCAUGGAGCUGAUCAAUUUGUUUGUUAUCGUUGUGAAUUAUCAUCUCAUCUAAGUUUUUGGAAUAAAAUUAAUAGUAAAGAAAGAAGAAAGAUAACUAAUAAAGUUAUGGCGAAUAAAUUAAAAUUACUUUUUUAUUCAAAUUUAUUAUCAAAGGAUUCUUUGAAAUCUAAACAUUCCAAACCAAAAUUAGUAAAGAGACAGAUUGUUAGUUCAUCAAAUAACAAUAAUAUACUAUUAAGAUCUGCUCGUCUACUUUUAAGUAAUAUGAUGAAUUGGCGUCUGAAAAAUAGUAUACAAAAAAAUAAUUUAAAUAUUACUCAAAUAUAUUGCAAUCUUUCAAAAAUAUAUAUACAACCAAAAAAAAUUGAUCAACGUUGGGACUCCAUAGAUAAUAAUCCAACACCUAAUUUUAUUAAAUCUUCUAAUAUUAUUCAAUACUCAGAUUCUGAAAGUGAGAUAUUAAUUUUGAGUCAUUUUAUUCAUAAGAUUGAAUCAAUAAAUCAUAAUCAAAAAUAUACUCCAUUAGAAAUAUCUGUACAAAGUAACUGCCAUAUAACAAAUUCAAUAUCAUUGGAUGAUUUUGUUAAGAAGAUUAAAUCUAAAAAUAAAGGGUAUUAA